ACAGGUAUUCAAAUAUUUUUUGCAAUUCAAAACCCCCAUCAAGGUAUCGUACAAGGAAGUUAUAACAAAAGGCCAGAAAAUUUAAGGUUCAUUUUAAACCUUACAACCUGCUGGAAAUAGUCUUUGAUCAAAGAAAUACCACUUUAGUGAUUCAAUUUGUCGUCUUUCGGACUAUGGCACUAUCCAAAUCUCAAAUACCAUACACAUAUUUGGUGUGUGGAACUAAAGACUGUAAGAAGAACUGUCAUUUUUACUGCAAUCCUUGUCACCUACCAUUGUGUGAACAAUGCAGAGAUGAACAUCGGAAGAGAAAUCAUAAUAUAGUCCAUUACCGUCAACUUCCGGUAGAGAAAUGCAGGAUUCACCAUUCAAAGGACGUAGAUCUUUACUGUGAAGAAUGCCAAAUUCCUCUUUGUUCUAAAUGCACAGCGACACAAGAGCAUCGUGGUCAUGUUUUUACUGAUUUGGAAAUGAUCUAUGCUGAAAAGGUUUUGCUUUUCCAAAAGGAAGUUGCCAAAAUUCGAGACCAAUUAAAACCAUUUUCAAAAAAAUUGCAAAAGGAAAAUCCAGCAUAUGCCAACGAAUUCAAAACGAUUAAGGAUGACAUAAAAGCAUCUAUGAAGGCUGAAGCCGAGUCUUUAAAGAGUAUAGUUGACGCAGUCACGUCAGAUAAAAUAGAGCAAGUCAACAAAAUAGAACAGUCGGCAUUAGAAAAAAUAAACGGCCAAAACAAAAAGAUAGAUGACUACAUCAACUAUCUCAAUGAUCUUAUCGAAUCAUUCUAUGGUCACCUAUCUCCUACAAACAUUAAAAACGUCGUUUCUGUACCCACUCCUAAAACCCAUCCUUUACCAGAGAUGGUCAAACCAGUCCCUCCAGUGUUUACUGCUAGUCAAUACAGCAGGGAGGAUGUCUCCAAACUACUGGGUAGUGUUAGUGAUCUUGACAUUAAACCAGAGAACAGAGAGAAGGUCGCCUUUAGAGAGUUGAAACUUACAGAAAAACAGAGGAAACAAGACAAGGGGACAUCUGACGAGAAACAAACACUGUCUCUUGCUUCCUCUGUCACCAAGCUCCGGGAAUUCAGAGUACCAGGUGUCGAUAAUAUAUGUCAUAUAACGGUUGAUAUGUCGGGCAAAUUCUGGGUGAGUGAUAGUAGAGGAAUGCUCAUCCAUAUAGAUCUACAAGGGAGUCCACUUCUGUUCGCGGAGAUGAAAACCAGUGGCAGUUAUGAAGGUUUCCACACAACUACACGGGACGGGGAGAUGAUUUAUACGGAAGUAAAUGACAAAGUCGUCAAGAGGAUAGCAGUGGAUAACACAAUUACUGAAUUCACACACACGGGAUACUGGACACCGCUUGGCAUACACUCCUCCCACAUCAACGGGGACAUACUGAUGGGGAUGGUUAAGAAGGGAGUAGGGGCAAAAGUCACUAGAUACACCAAGACAGGGAAAGCAAUACAGAACAUAGAGAAGAGGUUAGGAGGCAAGGACCUUUACAAAUAUCCACACUUUAUCACAGAAAACAUCAAUGGUGAUAUCUGUACAUCAGACUUUGACCAGAAAGCUGUAGUGGUGGUGAAUGAAUCGGGACAAAACAGGUUCUCCUACUUGGGCCAAGAGAACCUUAGUCCCUAUGCCAUAUGUACUGAUCUCCUCGGUCACAUCCUGGUAUGUGAUGGUUACAGUCAAACGGUUCUUGUACUAGACAAGGACUGUCGGCUUUUGUCUGUAUCAGGGGAUAAGCUCUACUGUAAUGUUGCAGUAUGUGUAGAUAAAGAGAGCAAUCUCCUUGUUGGGCAAGGGAACAACCUUGUGUCUGUAUUCAAGUAUCUAGAGUGAAAAUAUACGAUCAUGGUGAUAUAUAUACGUCAAUAACAAAAUGCUUUCGUUGGUGUUUCAUACAUUCAUACAGGUAUGAAGGUAGCUCACAUUGCAGAAAGAUAUAUAAUCCACAACAGCCAUAUUUUUUAUAUACAUGAAUGUUGUCAUGGUAACUACAGUCUAAUAGUCAGAGGGCAGUCCGUGAAGUUCGUGCUCAGCCUUUCAAUGUAGCUUUAUAGUUUCGAUCGAUCAAGAAAUAAUCCACGCAAUUUGAUGCUAGAAGUACCAUUUAGACAUAAUUAAUGAACGAUAUUAGAAGUUAUUUAUUUAGACUAAGUUACACAUUUUAUUAGCUAAAAUGCAUUUCAAAUUAGUUUUAAAUUUUAAGAAGGAAAACGUACAUUCAUAUUCAGGGACUGUUCGUGUUACUGGAUCGUGUAGAUUUCAGUGAAUCUUGUCAGUAUCCAAAUGAACUAUGGAAUCGACUUUCCUACCAGAUGAAAAAAUACCUACCAGUAGUUGAU